AUGUCAGAACAAAUAUCUGAACAAUCUAUAAAAUUAAAUUUGAUUGAAAACAAUUUAAAAUUUACAAAGUUAAAGGGUUCUGAAUUUUUUGAAAAUCUUGCUGAUGAACAAAAACCUACUUCUCUUUUGAUUUUUUCUCCUGAAUUAAUCACUCAAUCUGAUCUUGGUGAAAUUUUUGUUCUUCGAAAUGUCGCAAACCAAUUCAAACGGAAAGAUCCUAGUGCUUUAGCUGUAUUAGAAUUCGCUGUGGAAAAACUUGGG